AUUGUUAGGCCAGACCCAGCUGUGCUCCUGGCUUCCCUCUCCUCUGCACUCAGGGCUCACUCCUGGCAGGCUCAGGGACCAUAUGGGUGCACCCGCCCUGCCCUGCUGGCUUAAAGCUGUCUUCCUGAGUCUCUUUUAGCCCCUGAGCUGUUCUGUUUGUGUUUCAAGCCGAAGAGUUUCAUUCUACAGGGGUGACCAGGAAGCACGAAGGACAGGAGUGACAGUACCGAGGGGAAGGCACUUCCCGUGCAUGUGUCCAACCCAACCUGGGGGUUCUGCUGUUUUGGUUUUUGAGACCUGCCUGGUGGUGCUCGGGGCUAACUCCUGACUGGACUCAGGGAUCACUCCUGGUCGGGCUCUGGGGACCUUACAGCCAGCCCUGUGCAAGGCCAGCACCCUACCGGCUGUACUGGUUCCCCGGCCCCCAAUCUGGGGCCUGAUCCCUGCCAGAAGUGAACCCCGAGCACAGAGCCAGGAGUAAGCCCUGAGCACCCGUGGGUGUGGGCCAGAAACCAAAAAGCAUGAAAGGAGGGGCUGGAGAGAGUAGAUGGUGCUUGCCCGGGCAGAGGUGGGACGUGGGUAAUGUAAAGCAGGGAGCACAGCUGUGCCCUGCCAGGGCCUGUCUCCCCGCUCCGCCCCCCUCCCCCCAUCCUCCUGUAUAGUCUCCGUUGGGCUCCCCCAAAGCUCUGUGAGCACCAGGGCAGAUUGGGGAGGAUGAAGGCGGGUGUUUGGACGGUGCCUGGGACCCCACCCGACACUAAUCUACUUCUUUCUGCAGUGGACUGUCCACCUAGACCCCCUGGAAGGUUAUUGCCAACCCUUUGGUUCCCCGCCACCCCCUGGGGAGUCCGUCUCACAGUGGCUCCUAGCCCGGCUACUUCCUGCUCCCUCCACGCCCAGCAUGGCCCGGCCCGGCCGGGCAGUGGGGCAGAACCUUCUGCCAGAAACUCGACACACACCGUCACUUCACGCUACUCACCACCUAGUCCCUUCAGUAGGGAAUCCGGCUUGGUUUACCAUCACGCAGUAACACCGGGAGGACGGGGGCGGAAACACUCUGGCCGCACCUGCCCGCAUCCCGGCUAACGCACAGCCUCGACUUCCCCGAGCCGCCUCCCGCCCACGCCCCACUGACCACUGACCACACGCUCGGGUCUCUCCCAUCCCUCCCAAGUCCGGCUUUUCCUCUGUUCCUCCGUCCCGUGCCUUUUGCGGGGGGGAGGGGGAGACAAAGGGGGGGCGCACCCGACGGUGCUCAAGGGUCACUCCUGGUGGGGCUCAGGGGAACCAUGUGGGGUGCCAGGCUCGAACCCGGGUCGGCGGCGUGCAGCAAAGUGCCCUACCCGCUAGGCUCCCUCUCGACCCGGACGACACCCUCGCAGCCGCGGCGCCCACUGCCCGGCCCGCGCCCCCCGCCCCUCCCCUGCCCGGGGGAUUGUGAGCUAAGAGCCCCGGGCACGAGGCUCGGGCGCUGCGCGGCCGCCCCGCAUCCGGGCCGGACACCUCCACCACGCAGGAAUCGGGGCAGCCUGCGUCCCCCUUCCAUCUAAGUAUGGCCUAUCGCCAGGCCCCAAGUCAGUGUGGCAGUUUCUCCUGUACCAAAACCCAGAGGAGCUACCAGAUGAAGGAUUUCGCCACCGCACUGUCUCUAGCCAACAUGAUCCUGGGGCUCUUCUCCAUCUUCUGCAGCUUUUGCCAGAAGCCCUGCGGUGCUUGUUGGAUGCUUCUGAGCAGCUUCCUCUUAGACAUGGCGGUCGGGGCCAUCACCAGACACCUCAACGUCUGCUCCAAAGUGGGUGUGGAGCUGAACGACUUCGCCAUCUUCACCACCUUUGGCCUGGCCUCCGCGCUGCUCCUCGGCGUGACCGGGCCCCUCAACAACUUCCUCAGCACCAUCUACGUGCUGGCGACCACUUUCCGCCUGUGCUUUUAUUCCGCCAGUGAGAGGAACCCAGGCCUCUCCACCUCCUACAGGGGCCUCCCCUGCCCCUAUGCUUCCUGCGUUCUGGCCUCCACCUCCCUGCUGACCAAAGGCAACACGUUCAUUCUCUCUUGCAUGGCCUUACUCAUGAUUCUCUUCAUGAUGGACCAGAGUUACUACCCACAUGACAAAAUCCUGGAGUCUGAGAGCUGGAAAAAGCUGGUCUACUUGGGAGGAAUCAUCACACUGCUUUUGUUUCCAUUCUCCCUAACUGCUUUUUACUGCCUGGUAUGGUCCCUCUCCUACAUCUUCUUCCCAGAUGCUCUCUGGGGCAAUGAAAUAUCCCUCCGGCUACAGAAGCAGCACUAAGGAAAGUAAAAUAGC